AUGGAAACUUGGAAUUACCCUUUUUGCUUUAUGAGGACAGUGUCAUUUGUUGGUGAAAUGCUUGUUGAAGAUGUUGAGAUAGAGAGUGCUGAUCAAGGAAGGGAAUUUAGGAGGAGAUUAAGGUUUAAACGGAUGCCUAAUUUGGUUCAAACGGAGAUUCGAAUUGUGCCCAAGGGGUUUUCUUGCUUGGAUUCACUUGAAAUAGGAAGCUAUAGUUUGGAGUUUAGCCCUGAUUUGGGGGCUUUAGUGCAUGUUUUUUUGGUGCCAAUGGUAGCUAGUCUUGCAUUGAUUGGAUCACGGAUCGAAGAGCUUGUUGAAGCUGGGUGGAGCUCUAGUUGGGUGAAAACACAACUGGACUAUGAGGUUAGUGGCGUUGAGGUUGAUGAAGAGGUGUCAAGGGUUGCUCACAAGUACUUUGGGUUGGAGGAUGGGGAUCAAAUUCGGGUUUGUGUUGGAGAUGGCAUGAAACUUAUGGAUAAACUUGCACAUGGAGAUGUAGGUCAUACUGAUCCCAAGUUUGAUGUGAUUAUGGUUGAUUUGCAUUCUGAUAAUCUGAGAAUUGGUGAGGUUUUUCCCUAUUUAUAUGAGAUCGAUGUUGGAAAUGGAGAAAAUUUUGUUUUAAUCGCUGCUAUGGCCUUGCCCUGUUCAUCUUCGAUUAGUGAUUGUGAAAAUAUGUUCCUUCAAAAACUGAGACUGGUGAUUUCAGGAGCACAUGGAUCCAUUAAGAGAAUUGGAAGUGCAAUGUCUAGUAGAAGCAGUUAA